GGACUGGGCUGUGCUCGCCCCUUCUCGGCCGCCGUAGUUUUUUUUUUUUUUAAAGAAAAAACGGUUACCCAGCAACGAGAAAAACAACCGGAACCGGCGGCACCAGCUCGGAGAGAAAGGAGGUUCCAUAGGCAGUUCUUACCAAGAAGAUGUCGAUUCCAUUCUCCAACACCCACUACCGAAUUCCGCAAGGAUUUGGGAAUCUUCUUGAAGGGCUGACACGCGAGAUUCUGCGAGAGCAACCGGACAAUAUACCAGCUUUUGCAGCAGCCUAUUUUGAGAGCCUUCUAGAGAAAAGAGAGAAAACCAACUUUGAUCCAGCAGAAUGGGGGAGUAAGGUAGAAGACCGCUUCUAUAACAGUCAUGCAUUCGAGGAGCAAGAACCACCUGAGAAAAGUGAUCCUAAACAAGAAGAGUCUCAGAUAUCUGGGAAGGAGGAAGAGACAUCAGUCACCAUCUUAGACUCUUCUGAGGAAGAUAAGGAAAAAGAAGAGGUUGCUGCUGUCAAAAUCCAAGCUGCCUUCCGGGGACACAUAGCCAGAGAGGAGGCAAAGAAAAUGAAAACAAAUAGUUUUCAAAAUGAGGAAAGAGAGGAAAACAAGUGAGGACACUGGUUUUACCUCCAGGAAACAUGAAAAAUAAUCCAAAUCCAUCAACCUUCUUAUUAAUGUCAUUUCUUCAUGAGGAAGGAAGAUUUGAUGUUGUGAAAUAACAUUUGUUGCUGUUGUGAAAAUCUGUCAUGAGCAUUUGUUUAAUAAGCAUACCAUUGAAACAUGCCACUUGAAGAUUUCUCUGA